GACAAAAAAGAACGUAGCGGGGAGAUCAACAAUUUAUCGAAAACAUACAUAUGAGAGAACGUGUGAAAAGGGAACGUAGAGCGAGAAAGCUUUAUAUUUUUAUUUGUAUUUGUUGAACUAUAUAUAGUUUAUAACAUUUAAUAAAUAUUCUGUAUACAAUUGUAUCACAGCCCGAAACAUGUCCAAUAAAUUCGAGGCUAUUUGUAGGUUAAAAGGUAAUGAGGACAGUGGAGACAACGAAACACAGUCAAAAGAUAAUCAAAAAGUUGAGAAAGAUUCAAUACCUCAUAUAGAAAUUAGUCCAACCGAGCACAAAUUACAAUAUGCGUAUGCGUUAUGGUAUAGUCGGCGCAAUCCUGGUAAACAACCAAACAUACAAAGUUACGACCAAAAUUUAAAAUUGGUUGGUAGGUUUGCAAGCGUGGAACAGUUUUGGAGUCUUUAUAGCCAUUUAAUUCGACCAUCGGAGUUAACAACACACACAGACUUUCAUCUUUUCAAAGUUGGCAUAAAACCAAUGUGGGAAGAUGAGGCAAAUCAGAAAGGUGGUAAAUGGAUAGUACGAUUACGAAAAGGUUUAGUAUCCAGAUGUUGGGAAAAUCUUAUAUUAGCUAUGCUAGGAGAACAGUUUAUGGUUGGAGAAGAAAUAUGUGGAGCUGUUGUAUCUAUAAGGUUUCAAGAAGACAUAAUAUGUGUAUGGAAUAAGACAGCGUCUGAUUAUGCAACAACAACACGUAUUAGAGACACAUUAAGGAGAGUACUACAUCUUCCAGCUAGUGCCUCUAUGGAGUACAAAACUCAUAAUGAAAGUUUAAAAAAUAUUCAUCGGCUUUAAACUCAUGUGAUGUUAACUCGAGGAUUUGAGUUAUCUUUGAGUUUUUCACUGUGGAUUUUCAGCCAACUGAUACUUGUGAGAAGAUGAUAUUUCUUAGGAGAAAAAUAUUUUAUGACUAAAGAAUUUGAAUGAACAUCUUAUUCGGUAACAC